AUGUCCUCCAACACCGACGAAGCGAAGAACCCCACUGUCCAGAAACCGGUGCGAACCUACCGACGUGACUACGAGGUGGAAUUUGAUGGUGUAAAGCAACACAUCAAGGAGGAGCGACAGGAAUAUGCCACACCACGCCCCGGUUUCGCUGUGCACGAUUCCAGUGUCAUUCGCAGAGCACCAGCCGAGUUCCCACUCGCUAUCUCCGGUCCAGCGCACCAAGAUUCACCCAGAUACAUGACUAGAUCGGCUCGCAGGAAUACAGUAGUCAUUCGAGAGUCCCGUGAGAUCAAUUCUGCUACGUCUUUUAGUAGAUAUGUCAGCGUCAGAGAAGAAGAGCUCUAUUCGCCUGAUACUACCUCCCGUACCAGCGAGGAAGCGUGCAGCACCGACACUGAGGACUCCGACAGUGGUGGUGGAAAACCUAUCAGGGGAAUCAAAAGCGCAGGUGCCAGCACCAGUGACAAGGCGUUAGAUUCUGGCGAGGAAGGGCCCAGUCAGGGGACCAGGAGCGCAGAGGCAAGUGACAGCGGCCAGAAGUCAGACGAUGGUGGUAAAGGGUUUCGCAAAGUAGAAAUUGAAGGAGCAAACAGCACGUCUCUUCUUUGCCGUCUUUUGGCACUGCUUGUCCCGCUGGCCGUGACGAGCAGCCUGUAUCUAUAUUUGUAUCCCGUCGUCCACGGCUGCGCUUUUCCCCUGCCACACGACUCUCUUUCUCGUGCCAAUGCUUUUCUGGCCACUGUGCGACAACAUAUACCCACAGACGCUGAACCCGCACCAGCAGCGCCGUUUCGUCUUCUCGUUCUCGCAGAUCCUCAACUCGAGGGAGACAGCUCGCUACCCAAGCCGGAGGAUGAGCUACCAGCGCGUCUGCGACACCACUGGGCGCAGAUCCGGGCUGCGUGCAGUUCUCCGCCACCUUCUCUGAACUCGACCGCAGCCACAGAUGCUGAUGCUAAUGCCGAAUCUACGCCUGACACCCUUCCAAGCAACAUCUCUGAGUCCAACGCCGAACCCCUCCACAAUGAUUCCGACAUCAACCUUCCCCUGAACCAAUCGACCUUCCGCACGAUCAACCUCCGCGCAACGAAACAAGCCAUCACCGCCGCCCUCCACUCCCUCCUCCACACCGACCUCCCCCGCACAUUCAAAGCAGCCCGCAAACGCCUCGACCUCCUAGGCAAUGACUACUACCUCGCCCACAUCUACCGCACGCUCCACUGGUGGACGCAGCCCACCCACGUCACGGUCCUCGGGGACCUGAUCGGCAGCCAAUGGGUCAGCGACGAGGAAUUCGAACGCAGGGGCCAGCGAUACUGGGAGCGGGUGUUCCGGGGUGGCGUCCGGGGUGACAACUUCAUUCCUCCGCCUUCUCCUCCUUCUUCUCUUGCCCACACGGAUAAUACCACCGAGAACCAAAACAUCAUCAACAACAACACCCUCGCCCUGACGGCCACCACCCACCCCUCCCCCUGGACAAAUCGCAUCCUCAACAUCGUCGGCAACCACGACAUCGGCUAUGCCGGCGACGCCAGCGCCGCGCGCAUCUCGCGCUUUGAAUCCACCUUCGGCCAAGUCAACUGGGACGUGAAGUUCUGGCUGAACUCCUCAGGCUUGGACACAGACACAACACCGCAAAACAGCCCUCCCCAGAUCCACAUCAUCAACCUCAACUCCCUCACCCUCGACACACCCGCCUACAGCCCGGACAUCCAGUCCGCCUCCUACGAGUACCUCAACGGGCUCAUCGCGGACCGUCUCGCGCCUGUGACCGACCGCUCCACGUUUACCUUGUUGUUGACGCAUCUCCCGCUGCAUAAGCGGGAAGGGGUCUGCGUGGAUGCGCCGCUUUUCAAAUUCUUCGAGGAGGAUGAUGGUGGUGAUGGUGUUGAUGGAAAGGAGAAGCGGUGGUUCGCGGGGGGUUUGCGCGAGCAGAAUCAUCUGAGUGAGUGGGUGAGUGGGAAUGGGGUGUUGGAGGGGGUGUUUGGGAUGAGUGGGGAGGAGGGGGAGGCGGUGGUGGGUGGGGGGGGGGGAAGGAAGGGGUUGGUGUUGACGGGGCAUGAUCAUGAGGGGUGUGAUGUUUUGCAUUUUGUGAGGAGGAGGAAGGGUGAAGUUGGCGGGGAAAGUGAUGUUGAUGGGGAAGCUGAAGCUGAAGCGGAUGGUAAGGAGGCGAAGGACGAGAACGACUCGGAAGACGGAGCAGAUGAAAGGGACUGGGAAUGGGACGCCAGACGCUACUCCCCGCAGGCACAGGCCGAGACCUCGACGCCGUCGAUCCGCGAGGUUACCAUGCGGUCGAUGAUGGGUGCGUAUGGCGGGUACGCGGGCUUGUUGUCCGUGUGGUUUGAUACGGACAAGCAGGAGUGGGAGUAUGAGAUCCAGAUGUGCGCCGCCGGGGUGCAGCAUAUCUGGUGGGCGGUGCAUGUGGUGGACUUGGUGACGCUGGGGAUUGGACUGGUAGCACUGCUCCUCAAGGUGUUUAUGCCUUUAAAGCACACGCACCAGCUGCAAGGAAAGAAGGAUGGUGCAGACCGUCGACCUCAGAAGACGAAGACAUGA